AUGCCUCGCGCCGCGUCACCAACGCCUUCAGAUGGCGAGGUCGACAUCUUCGAUUCGCUAUACACCGACGAAGUAAACCAAAAAACCCAGGCGCCGGCAGACACCGACUUCGAUUUCCUUGACGAUGCGAACCAAGACGACGGCGACGAGGCCUUCAUCGCCCUCAAGCAAGCAGCCUCAUAUCGGAAAGCCGCACACCAGACCAAGGGAACCGGCCAAAAAGGAGGCGGUUUCCAGUCCAUGGGAUUGAAUGCAAAACUUCUCUCGGCUAUCCUUCGCAAAGGUUUCAAACAGGCGACUCCAAUUCAGCGAAAAUCAAUACCUCUUAUACUUCAACGGAGAGAUGUGGUGGGCAUGGCAAGGACGGGAUCCGGCAAGACCGCGGCUUUCGUCAUACCCAUGAUUGAGAGACUGAAAGCGCACAGUGCUCAAGUCGGCGCCCGAGCCCUGAUCAUGUCGCCUUCUCGAGAACUUGCACUGCAGACACUCAAGGUGGUGAAAGAGUUUGGGAAAGGCACAGAUUUGAAGUGUGUCUUGCUUGUGGGUGGUGACAGCUUGGAAGAGCAAUUCGCUUCCAUGACGACGAACCCGGAUAUCGUAAUCGCGACGCCCGGUCGAUUCCUGCAUCUGAAGGUGGAGAUGUCGCUGAACCUGUCCUCGAUAAAGUACGUUGUCUUCGACGAAGCAGAUCGGCUGUUCGAGAUGGGUUUCGGGACACAGCUCGCAGAGAUUCUACAUGCCCUGCCACCGUCGAGGCAGACCCUGCUGUUCUCCGCAACACUCCCUGCAUCGCUCGUGGAAUUCGCCCGCGCUGGCCUACAAGAUCCGAGCUUGGUGAGACUGGACGCGGAGACCAAGAUUUCGCCGAAGCUGGAAAGCGCAUUUUUCUCUGUGAAGGCUGCGGAGAAGGAGGCUGCCCUUCUUCACAUUCUACACGACGUUAUCAAGGUGCCGACAGGUGAGCCGGAAGGCCCUCCGCAAGACUCGGAUCGAGAUUCAAAGAAGAGGAAGCGAGGGCAGGAUGAGUCCAACCCGGAGAAGCCGACGGAGCACUCAACGAUCGUAUUUGUGGCCACCAAGCAUCACGUCGAGUAUGUGGCCGCCCUUCUGCGCGAGCAGGGAUUCGCAGUGUCAUACGUGUAUGGAUCCUUGGACCAGACUGCGCGAAAAGUCCACGUCGACAAUUUCCGCCGUGGAAGGACCAACAUACUUGUGGUCACAGAUGUGGCGGCGCGCGGUGUCGAUAUUCCGGUGCUGGCAAACGUAAUCAACUACGACUUCCCUCCUCAGCCGAAGGUGUUUGUUCAUCGAGUUGGAAGAACUGCUCGAGCGGACAAGGAGGGUUGGAGUUACAGCAUUAUGCAAGACUCUGAUGCUCCCUAUCUGAUCGACUUGCAACUAUUCCUGGGCAGGAAGCUUAUACUGGGUCGAGAAGGCGGCAGCUCGCCAUCGUACAAGACCGAUAUGGUGGUCGGUACUCUGCAGCGCUCAGAGAUCGAGGCGCAAGUCGAGUGGCUCAAUAAGCUCUUGAAACAAAACGAGGACGUCAAAGCACUGCGGAGUGUUGCCGCAAAAGCAGAGAAGCUCUACACGAGGACCAAAAACCCGGCAUCAAGUCAGAGCGCAAAGAGAGCAAAAGAGGUUGUCGUAUCAGAUGGAUGGAACCAACUGCACCCGUUGUUUGGAGAGUUUGAUGAUGAGGUUGAAAAUGCGCGUAAUGAUAUGCUGGCUAGGAUCAGCAAAUGGACCCCAAAGGAGACUAUUUUUGAGAUCAAUAUGGGCAAAAAGACCGCAACCAACCCCGGAGCGGAAGUCAUGAGGAAAAUCCGGGCCACAAUCGUACCAAAGAAUCGAGUGGAGAAGAAGGGCGAAGCGGAGGAAGCGACUGAAGAUGUUGACAUGGCCGACGCACCAUCAGCACGGGCACGAGAGAGCGAUGAGGACGAGGAGUCUGUGGCGAGCGAAGAUGGCGACGAUUCUCAAUCCGAAGAUGAGGAGGAUGGCGCCUUCAACCACGACGUGGUUUACCCCACUGACAACAACAACAACAACAACGCACCUAACAACGACAAGAAGAAGUCCUACAAGGACUCGGAGUUCUUCAUGUCGUACACGCCACGCACGAUCAACGCAAACGAAGAAAAGGGAUACAGCGUCAACAACGGCGGGGCGUCGUUCGUGCAGGCAGCGCGUGACGUGACGAUGGACCUGACCAACGACGACGGGGCCAAGUCGUUCGGCGAGCCGGCGCGGGCCAAGAUGCGCUGGGACAAGAAGCAGAGCAAGUACGUGUCGACGGCCAACGACGCGGACGGGUCCAAGGGCGCCAAGACGCGCAUGAUUCGCGGCGAAUCGGGCGUCAAGAUCGCCGCGUCGUUCCAGUCGGGCCGCUUCGACCGCUGGCGCCGCGAGCACCGCCUGGGCCGGCUGCCCGGCGUGGGCGAGAUGGAGAAGAGCGGGCUGGCGCGGCUGGCGAACGACAGCGGGCCCGGCGGCGACGGGCCCGGCGGCGGGCAGCGCCACUUCAAGCACAAGCAGGAGAAGGCGCCGAAGGAGGCGGACAAGUACCGCGACGACUACCUCGAGCGCAAGAAGAGGGUCGCCGAGGCCAGGGAGAAGAGGAUCGGCAAGUUCAAGGACGGCGCGGGCAGCAGGCGCGAGAUCAAGAGCAGGGACGACAUCAAGAAGUCGCGCAAGGUCGAGGCGCUCAAGAAGGCCAAGAACGCCCGGCCGUCGAAGGGUGGCAAGAGGUAA